UGGAAAUAUGGUCACCCUAUAUUAAACAAACUGUCCACCCGGGCUUUUGCGCUGCACAGGGGCGCUUCGCUGUCUAUGACUUUGAACGUCAGUUGAGAGUCAGUCUCAUGCAGACUGACCAAUGAAGAGAGGGCCUCAAGUUAAGACCCUCUCCUCAUUGGUCAGUCCACACAAGGUGGGUCAAAGGUUAUCCUGAGCGGGUUACGUGAUGUCAGGCAUUCAAGCAUUGAGUAUAUUUACUGCAUAUUACAGUAACAUAUUCUGUAUGUGACCAUAUUAUGGUGAUCCUUGGGUCGUGAUGAUGGGGCCCUUGAAUAUUGUUGCCCAGGGUACAACGAAGUGUUAAUCUGGCCCUGACCUGAACUGUGAUGUGUACUCAGAAAUGGCUCGGUAGAGUCGCUGGGCAGGACUUGUGGUCAACUCAGUAGGACGUCGUCGUCGUCAACCAACCAGCAUUUGUAAAACUGGAAGAGUUGCUAGUGAAGCAGUAUAGAAGGAAAGAAAAGAAGCAACAUUGUCUCUAAAAUUGGUUUCUAAACUCCAGAUGCAGAAAAUAUAGAGAAAAUAUGCCAUUACUCCACAAAUAACUCAAGCCUGGAGGAGUUCUGUGUGGUGGAGUUGCUAAUGCUAAUGGUUAGCUUCUGCUAGUUGAAACAUUCUCUGCUGUUUCCUGACGGUAAACCAGCGACAGCCUCCUUGUUGGGAGGAAGAUGGGCGAGUCCGUGAAAGUUCAGGGACAGUGUGAGGAAGAUCUGCCAGGCUUUUCUAAUCCUACAGUUUCACCGUCUAUUUUCUAUCAAAAGCUAGCGCAGGCAGGGCUGUCAUCUCUCACGCACUGAGCACGACACACACGGAUUUGACCCUUUUUCCCCCGCUCUCACGGUAAGCUCACAGUGUUGUAAAACAGUCCAGUGGUUUGUCUGUUUUUUACUUCAGGACAUCAGUAGACCCUCACACGUUAAAUAUUAGUGCAAGAAGCUGAAAUUCCAGAAAGACAGAAACAUCUAAAAAGGUUCAUAAAGAAAUAAACACGUAAGGAGGUCAAACACCCAACAACAUGAGCUGUAGAGAGCAGCUUUAUCAUUUAGGUCAACAUAAAACACCCUACAUGUAUGAGACGACGGAUAAACCCCAGACCAGCCAGCCAGAGGCUUCUGCAGAGGAGCAUUGACCAGCGAGCUCCUAAUUGGGUCGGUUUGGUUCAUGGUUUGAUUGCUUCAAUCAAUAAUGUUAACAGAUUUUUAUGCAAAUUACUUCACUCUAAAUAAAUAAGCCCUCAUAGUUCAAUAAAGUCCAAGUAAAACAAGAAAGUUUAGUGAAAAAAUACAUAUAUAUAGUCAUUGGUCCAAACAACAAGUAAAACAUCAUUAGAAAACCACAGAGAUGCACUGGUUUUGACUGCAGAUAGUUAUUUUUAAUCUGCUGAUACUGAAAUGUCGUCUGGAUUAUAAUUAACAACAUGCCCGUUUAAAACUUAUGGUCUACUUGAAAAUUAUUAUCCUAGAAGUGAAAAGCUCGAUAGCAAUGGUGAGUUCAGGGACUCAAAAAGAAAGUCAGAUAUUUGAGUUUUGAAUAGGCUGUUUACAGAACCGGUGAUGCUGAUUCUGAUCACCAGCUCUGCCGGUGGGACAGUUGAUAGAAAUGUUAUGUUUGUUUCAAGCAGUUUUUUUUGUUUGUUUUUUUAAAGCUAUAAGAAGUCCUGAACUUCCUGCUGUAGCUCCGGUGGACUGCACUGGAGGACUGAACCGGAUCAUGAAUCAUUUGGGUUUUUUCUAGUUCUAUCAGAUCCAGUUUCAGACCCAGGAGCUGGGCUUCCUGUGUGAAUCUGGGCUGGUUCCAGUCUCUCCAGCCAGGAUGUUCUGAGAUGGGCCUGAUCUGUCAUCUGGGUGCCUCGGGGUUCCGACUAUAGGAAGUGAUGGGUUGAUUCAGGUCAGGUCUGUCUGUCUGUCUGCCUGUCUCCUUUGGGUCAAAUAAAAAAAAAUCCACUUUCAGAUGGUAUGGAUCUGCUGCUAAACAUUUGUGAGGCUGGUGUGUUUAUCAGAGUGGAAUUCCAGCUCAUUUAAAACCACUCCAUAUCUGAGAGUCCUUCUGAUUGUUUCUGGUCCGGACUCUAUGUUUUUGUUUUUCUCCUGCUGUUGUGGCUCCGAGUCAUCUCAUUAUCAGACUCAGUUUAGUUUGGUAUGUCUGGAGUGCAAGAAUGAUGUGGCUCCAUCAGCGAGGACAGCCGAUGAGUCAGACGGUGUGAAAACCUGGGGAGAUAAAUUGCUGUGAGACGCUGGGCUGUGAAACGAUAACAGACCUCUGAUCCACUCCUUCUCUAGAACCAACAUCAGAGGAUGAAACCAUCAAAACCAGGCUGUUUAAUGUGUGCACCUAGUGCCCAGGUGAACUGGAUCAGAAAGUAUUUAGAAUUGGCCCAAUCAAUGAUCAAAGACUCAAACGGUAUUCUGUUUAAAACAAACAAACAAAAAUUUAAAUAUCACAGCAACUUAAAAUGAAGCUAAGGAAUCCGAUUAUUAUAGUGGGGUCUGUGAACUCACCAUCACCACGCACCAUUUCACACCAGCAAUGACAGACCUCUCAUGUGAAAACCGUUAGUUAGAAUCACAAGUUUUGAGUUAAUCAGAACAUUUUCCCAAAAGAACAAUCAGUUAUCUCAGGCUGAGAACAACAAAAGUUUCAGAUACUUUUUUAGGAAGUUGUUUAUUUAUUGUUGUUGUCUGGUAAUGUUUUUGUUUGUUUAGCUUCCUGUUGUUUGAAUAAUUAAAAUGCUCAAGUAAAGGGCUCAAAGGCAUAAUCAGAGAGAGUGUGUGGAGUUCAGGAAGUCGCCUGUGUGUUCAUCAGUCUAUUCUCUCACUUUUUGACCUCCCUAACAGCCAUUUGAGACUAAACCUGCAUCGCAGAGCCAUUUGCAUGGAGAGAUUUUGUUUUGAACAACCACUAAUCUUGUUCGUAUUCCAGCAUGGUCAACUGGUGUUUUAAGGAUCAUCAGAGCAAGUAAAAAUGGCAGAGCAAAGGCAAAACACAUAGGCAGUGUAUAGUAAUGUGCCAAAACAUACACCUUAGGUGUUUUAAAUCUUCCCCCCACUCAGCAGGAUCGUUAUUUAUGUCUAUUUUCACAAAUUGAAACUCAUAUUUUUAUGCGUAAGUACUUCCUGUUUGAACAUCCGGGCACCCGUAGCAGCUCUCCUCUGCUUUUAUUGUAGCAAUGUUGUCUAUGGUUUCUUCAUUUGACCAAUCAGUCAAAUAGAAAAUGAUGUUAACUCAUUCGCUACCAGCCAUUUCCUGAUCGGUAAAGCCCUUCGCUGCCAGCGUUUCUCACUGGUUUUACUGUUUUUUUAAGAGUCACAAAACGUUGUGCUCUAGGAUGAUGUCGACGCCAAAACAAAGCGGAGACUCACCUCUUACAUCAGGAAGAAUCUGCGCGUUUCAAGCAUUAUCCGUUCUUUCAUAAUCCGUUGUUGAAUUGUGAUUGGCAGAAGCUUUUCUGGUUCGCACCUCACUUUUUUUACGUUUAUGUUUAUGUUUAUUCAUUUCGCAGAUGCUUUUAUCCAAAGCGACUUUAUCCAAAGCGACUUACAAUUUAUAACCUGUAGGGCAUGUUGUGAUCUGUGGGGGAAACCGGAGUACCCGGAGGAAACCCACGCAUGCAUGGGGAGAACACGCAACUCCACGCAGAAAGGCCGCAGCCAAGCCGAGUUUCGAACCUGCAACCUUCGUGCUGCGAGGCAACAGUGCUAACCACUGCGCCACCAUGCAGCCCAAAACCAUGCAGCAGCGGCCCAAAACGAUCUCCUAACACAUGGAUUUUCUGCUUCCUGAUCACGUGAUGUGUGACGUACGCAGAUGAAGAUCGGCUUUAGAGCUGGGAUGUUUGUUCUCACAGUGCAGGGGCUCGUUCCGAUGCCCACUCAGUAAAAAAAAUGCAAAUGACGAAUUUAGUCGUCAAUGGCAGUGAAUGAGUUCAUCGUAGUCCACACCAGCUUUAAUUAAAUGUUACAAAUUAGCCCAAAGGACAUUUCUAUGGUUUAUUUGUGAUGGAGGUAAAUUUGGUCUCAUAAUUAAUCAUAAAUUGUAUUCACCACUAAACAGCAACACUCAGUAGGUCAGUGGCAGACCCUUAAAGUAGGAACUGUUUUAAGCUUUGCAGAAUCAGCAAACCUCUUUAAGAAAAACAACGCCGGUUAGUGAUGAAAUGAAUAUUUCUGAAGGUAUUUAUUAAAAAUCUUCCACCUUUUAAGGGUAAUGUUAGGACACCUUUGUUGAAUGGUCAUAUUACGGCCUGGUGUGCCUCUCGUUUUGGUGAGCUUCACGGCAGCGUUCUUGAUGUGCGUUCAUAUCACGAGGAGUCAAAAGGUGAAAUAAAUGUGGUGUUUUUGUUGUUUACCCCAAGUGGGCAUCCCUAGUUAGUGUUACAUCCCAAUUUUGUAAAUGUUGAGUUUUGUUUCAAUUGUGCAGGAAGAGCAGCAGUGAAUUUAUUUCCAUGGGCCCAAAAAGUGUUUCCUAUCAGACAGAAUCUGUCCACCAUUUUCUGGCUCUUGCAACCAAGCACUUUUGGUGAAGAAUUAUAAUAAUGAAAAAUUCUAAUAAUUACAACAGGUUUCCCUGCCUACGGCUUGGACAACGGUGCAGCCAACAUUCCCGUUUGUACCAGCGUGGGUCAAAACUCAGCCCAGAUCGGAUGCAGCAACAAUUUGAAGUCUUACGUUUGGUUAUUGUUUAAAAAUAACUCGGCUUUUGUUCUUUUCUACCUUUUUAUCACCUAGUGCCCAAAAGUAAAAGAUGAGCGAUAAGGUUUUUGCCUGUGUUUGUAUUUAUUUGAAGAGCAGACCCUUGCAAAGGAUGCAGUUUUAAAGCAGUCAGCUAUCUUGAAAUGCACGUUUUUGAAUUGUGGUAGGAAAUAGAGAUCGCACGACCUUGUUCUUUUCUUUUGCUGAUACUGAUGCCAAUAUAUUGGAGACAUGGUCAGCUGAUGGCCAGUGUGUACUGCCAAUUUUUAUGGGCCAGUUUUAUGGCCAAUAUCCAAACAUUUUCCUUAUUUUCAUGCUAGAAUUUCACUAAUAACAUCAGUUGAUGCACAAAAUUUCUGAAACAAUUUUUGAAUUUUGACUUUAACUGUUAAAUAUUACCUUUGUGCACUGCUCAGUGUUAAAGUCAGACACCUAAAUAAAGUUAAUUUAGAUUAUUUACUGUGCAGAUGUUAUCAGUGAACAUAAAAAUACAUUAGAAUAAAAUUCUGCAACAGCACCGGGCUGCCCGAGGAUGUGCCUGACUUUAAAUUAGCUUUACUAAGGACAAAUAUCGGUCGAUACCCAUGUAUAAAAAACUUAAAAAAUAUCGGCCUGAUUUAUCAGCCAACCAAAAUAUCGGUCUACCCCAAGUAGGAAAUCUUUUACUUAGGAAAAAAAACAACAACUCAUGACUGCAUGGGGAGAACAUGCUAACUGUGCAGGAAAUCUGUAGCAACCUUCUUGUUGCAAGGCGACAGCGCUGCCAAAUGCUCCACCAUGCAGUGGUAUAUCAUCUGGACAGGUCUUAAUGAAACAUCUGGACACAACCCAGUCAUGUUUUACAGAUGUUGACCUAAAACUUGAUGUGUUAUUCUCUUGAGUAUGAGCGAAUCAGACAGGUUUAGUUUAAACCUCAGGAAUGAGAGGUGGAGUGUGAUGAGCAUUCCUUCAGGGAACACCAGGAAUUUAAUUUAUCUCGUAAGUUUUGUACUAUUCUGAGGAUCAAGCUGUUUGUAAUGGGCCUCCUGUUUUGCAUAAUUCCUAAUUUCCAAUAAUAUUUGCUGCAGCCAGGCGGCUCUCAUGUGCACCUCUGACCAACAGGACUGAGAAGGACAAUCCUCUUAGCUCAGAGCCUGUUUUCCAUCUAGGACACUGAAUGGCUGCAUGCAGAACUCCGGUCGGAUAUCCCCUCUCUGGUACAGCUCUUUGUCUGCUGCAUGUUAGGGUCUCUUUGAAACAUCCCCCAUCUAGUCCCUUUUUACAGCUUCCAGCCAGCAGCUGCAGGGUUAAUAUUUAGCAGCAGCACAGGCAGAGAGGCAGGAGUUGUAGGAGGAGGAAGAGGAUAAGGAGGGGAGUAGCAGAGUGGUGGGGGGCUGGUCCACAGCUGUUGUAGUAGGCAGGGUCUAUGGGUAGGAAGGCUGCCUCACUCGUCCUGGAACAAUGGGAGACAUGGCAGCCUCUGCAGACAGCGCGCACACACACACACACUCAAGGGUAGGCCUGUAGUAGCUGCAGCAUAGAGGAAACCGGCUUCCUCACCACGUUCGCAAAGUCACCGCACUUUUACCAGCAGGGAAAUCUUCUCUGCAGCCCAGAAACAGGAAUGUAAAGCCUGGCUUUUCCCUCUCCUGGUGCCUUAUGUGUCACUCAGCUAGGAGGACAUCAGACCAUCUGACUGGAUGAAUGAAAAAGCAGCAGGAGAAAGAUCAGUGAUGAUGAUGACGAAGAUGAUGCUGGAGGACAGAGGUGCCUAAUGAAAGACUGACUCCGCUUGAAGAAGCAUAACAAGAGCUCAACCCACAGAUGAGAAUAAUGUCUGAUGAGACAGAACACAGAAUGUGCCAGGGGGGUUUUGGCUCCGAAGAGGAAGGUGAGGAAGCAGACGUGGAGUCUUUCCUGGAGGACAACAGCAGCGAGCUCAUGGACCGCCUAAGGGAGCUGGAGGCAGAGAAUUCAGCUCUGAUGUUGGCAAAUGAGAGUCAGAGAGAAGCUUAUGAAAGAUGCUUGGAUGAGGUGGCUAACCAUGUGGUCCAGGCUCUGCUGAACCAGAAGGAUUUGAGGGAGGAGUGCAUCAAGCUGAAGAUGCUGGUGUUUGACCUGGAGAGACAGAACCGAUCCCUUUGUGAGCUUUUUCAGCAGAAGCUUCCGAGCCACCCCGCUGCCCACUACCAGGUCCAUACAGGACCCCUCCCAAACUACAAUUCACAGCCACACAAUGACUUGGCCAAGCAGGUGGAGCCAGCGCAGACUGAAGCACAAGCCAAGGGAAGCGGCAGCCACACACAGCAUGCCUCCCCAGGUCCUCAUGGUCCUGCUGCCUCCAUGGAGGCCCUGUCUCCUUUCUUCAAGAAGAAAGCUCACAUCCUGGAAGUCCUUCGUAAAAUGGAGGAGACAGACCCCCUGAAGUUUCACCCAUCAACCACAACCUUGUCUUUCUGUGACUACAGCCAGGUGCUGAUGUCUGCGGAGGCUGUGCUGGCCACUGCAGACUCUCUCCCUCACCAGUGCAAAUCCCACCACACACACUGUCACUGCUCCUGCUCAGACACGGACACACACCAGCAGGUUAAUGGCGACGGGGUUGCCAAGUGUGAGACAGGGAACACUUGCUGUUUACGCUGCAAAAAGAGCCCAGACAGUCCUCCAAAGCCAUGCAACCACAUCUGUAGUCCUCUCAAGGCCAGUCCCACUACCCAGAGCCAUGUUCCUGCAGCUUCCACGAGCAAAUGUCACAGUAAGACAAGAGCAGGAGACUCUGUACCUCCAGCCAAAUCAUGCAGUGAAGUCCAUCAGCAACCAGUAGGUGCUACUGGCCACUCAACUGUCCAUCAGAGCCUGGAGGUGGGGGCAGUGGAGCAGGUUGAGCCUGAGAGUUCCCUAAAAGCAGUUGACCCUGAGGAACUCACUGGCUUCUGCGCCACCUCCCAUCUGCCCAAUUCUGCGGAUGAGAGUGGGCAGAUCGCACACUGUGACAUGGAUACGGGAGAUGCCGUUCAUAAUGGGUUGGCACACUCUUCCAGCGCUACGUUGAAUGAUCCCUCUGCUGAUCCAGAGCCAGAUAGUGCAGACCAGGAGGGCUCCUCGGUACGAGCCACUGCCUCUGUUAGCCCCAGCCCAUCUUGCCUCAGCGAUGUCAAAGCUGCUGCCAUCAACUCUCCAUCCAAACUUCUCAAGUUCUUGAAGAUUCCGACAAUAGGAGAGAAGCCCCAGGCUUCAACCUCAGCUGUCCGUCUUAGCCCGCAGCUCACCCGCAACUCCAGAAUUCCCUGUCGCACCAACAACUACGAGGUGUACCACUCCCCUGUCCCCACGCGCAGAGCCACCACCACAGAGAGGUGCAGGCAGCCCCCUCCCCCACCUUCCAGGUCUGAGUCCUACCCUGCCACACACUCAGCACCAACUUCCCCUCCACAGCCUGAAGACGUCUGCUCUCCACCUGCUAAGGAGAAAAGCUACAGCAGCCUCUCGGCACCAAAAACCAGUGCUAGCUCAAAGCUAGGGGCGCCCUCUGCCUCCUGUUUGAGCUCACCCAAAGCUCCUCAAUCUGUCCCUCAUUAUGAAAAUGUGUCAGACAUGUCCAGCUCGAGGGAACAGGACCACAUCCAGAGUCCGGAGAAAAGAAGUAUGGUGCCAGCUCAAGCAAAGGGAAAUGUUGGCGAGAGGAAGCUUGUUAAGUCUUUACCAGAAAGUGUCCUGAAUCCAUCUCCUCAGCAAAAACAGUCAUCUUCAUCGGCCUCCGAGUCAACCUCAGAUGAGGAGGAGGAUUCUGACAGCCCUGUGUGGGUUAAUCAUCACAGCCUGUCCAACUCUGCAGCCAUCAACAAAGCUCAGAGCAAAGCUAACUACUCAGUAGUCAGAGAGAAACCAGAGCCAGACUCGAGGGGAGUCAGCACUCCAAGCUCUGAGGUCUCCCAGCCUCAGCCUCCACCUCUAGUCCGGAGGACCGACUUAUCAUCCAUCCCCAAGAGGCCUACAGCUGGGUCAGGAAGAUCCCAGGCUGACUCCAGUCACCACGCCUUCAAAGACAGGCUGGCAGCACUGGGCAAGCUGAGGAGCUCCGAGGAUUUACAAGUCAGUCUCAGACCCGCUGACACCCUGAAUGAGGACUGCGAUGGAGAGGACAGGAGCAAGACAGCAGAGAGGGGCUCGGAGAGCCAUAAAGAGGAGCAGAGACAUUCUAAAUACACAGACUCUUUGGAUGGGAAACCCAAAGGGAACAACGUGGGUCUGAAAUAUCCGGGGUUGUCUCAGGGGUAUGAGCAGACGGUCAAGCCUUCGUCCUCUGGGCCACCUAUGGUGAAACAAGAACUAAGUAUGGCCAAGCCUGAGGGCUCUAAGAGCAAAAUCGGUUUGCCAUCCCCCAACGUAGAUGCUCCACAGGUACUACGCAACAACAUUAAGUGUCCUGGCUCUCUGAACCUGCCCUGUAAUGUUAAAACUGGUCCACAGAAUAGCAACAGCCCCAACAGAAUCCCACCAAAGUCUCCAUCCAAACCCUGUCAAGGCCCUUCUGUCCACAGUCGGGGAAAGCCUUCGGAGGGUCCUCGGUACUCGUCCAAAUCAGAAGAGAGGACCAAGAUCAGCAGGAAAGGGAAAAAGAACCCUACGUAUGGAGACAGCCUCCCACCUCCUCCUCCGAGGCCUCCCACCUCUGAGGGGGAGAAACCUUCACAACCGGGUCCUUGUCCUCAGUCUGCCAUUGAACAGAAAGUGAUGAAGGGAAUUGAGGAGAACAUGCUGAAGCUACAGGAGCAGGACAAAGGAGGGCAAGGGAGCGAGGUGAAGCAGAAAGCCUCAAACGGCAUAGCCAGCUGGUUUGGCCUGAAGAAGAGUAAGCUGCCAGCGCUGAGCCGCAAGACCGAAGCCAGCAAAGCUAAGGACGAGAAGAAGGAGUGGAAGAUAAACAUCCCCUCGGUUAGCAGGGACUCUGUGAAAAUGGCCACUAGAUGUAAAGAAGGUGUGGAAGGUCUGAACAUCUCGACUCUGAUGGAGAAGGCAGAGGGCCUGAGGAGAGCCCUGGAGGAGGAGAGGGCCUACGUGGAGAGGUCAGGAAGGGGUCACUCCUGUGAGGUGGUGAUGGACCAAGCUCAGGGACAGCUAGCUGUCAUGUACAGAGGAGCACGCUCCGAUAACUUCAUGCAACAGCUACUUAACAGAGUGGAUGGAAAGGACGUGAUCAGCCUGCCGCAGCGCCGGCUCUCGUUCGACUGUAAAACCUCCAGACCACUUUUCACUCAGCAGGGCAUCAUCAGCCACACCACCAGCCAUGAAGACAUGGAGAAGGGUUCAGAAAGAAUCAGCAAGAUCACUUCAGACGAAAACCUGGCAGAUUCAGUUCACUCUCAGCACUUUGCAGGUUCCGGUGCUUCCACGUACACCCUGGACAGCGGCAUUGGCACAUUCCCUCUCCCUGAUUGCAGCAGCGGUGCGACUGGAAGGGGUCCGUCCAAACCCAGAGCUGGGGCUGAGCACCACUUCUCUGAAUCUCCAGGGAGGGCUGGACGGCGGGCCCGGACUCUGGACCGGGAGCUGACCUCACAAGAAGAGUGUUUCACACCACACAAACAGCUGAUUCCCACCAUCCAGUACUGCUCCGUCCUGGAGGGGAGAAGCUCAGCUGGAGUCAUCCAUGAAGACAAAGAGGCCCAUGGAGCCAACAUCUUCUCUCCUCGCUCUAAGACCUGGACGUUCCCCAACCUGAAGGCUCCUGCUGGACCUGCAGAGGUGUACCUGGCAGUGGAGGAGGAAGAGGAGGACACUGUAGCUUUUGGCUCACCCUUCAGAGCAAACUUGAAGGCCGGCGGCCCGUCCUCCAGCCGAGUGGUGGAUCCGGGAAGCCUGCCCAUCCCGGCCCAGUCUGGAAUGAGCCGCAGGGGGAAAAUACGCGCCCCCAGCGUGCCCGAGAUGAGCCGAGAGGCGGGGCUGGAGCUCCUCAGGGAGCGGCCAGAGGAGGCUCUCUCCCCAAGUCGCCCUCAGGUCCUGGAGACCCCCGAGUCUCUGAGCGACUCUCUGUAUGACAGUCUGUCAUCCUGCGGCAGCCAGGGAUGAUGUAGCCUAGGGAGGGGUGGACCAAAGAGCCUCGGGGGGGGG